CCACCAUUAUUAUAGCUACUUGUUUAACGUUUAUGCGUCACCGGCCUGAUUAACUCUGAGACAGUGAAGAACAUUUGCCACACGACAAGAACGUCGUGGAAUAUUGUUGAGCUGCUAUUAUGUUUAUAGAUUUAUUCUUGGUCAUUUGCUGCUUGCUUGUGAACGCAAACACUGAGGAUAUGGCAGCUGCUCCAGAAUCCUUAGCGCAGGAUGCAUUCAAGAAUGCAUCGGAAGCUUGUAACAAAUUCUCCAACACGUUUUAUAAAGCCUUAGUAACCGAUGCAAGUGGGAAUCUGGCAAGUUCUCCUUUGAGCUUACAUAUCGUCUUAUCUCUACUAUCACAUGGUGCUUCUGGCAUGACAGCUGAACAAUUAAAAGCUGCUUUGCAUUUAGCUGGGGUCGACCACCCAGUUCAUGGUGAAAUAUCAUUGUUACUGGAUACUUUGAAAGCUCUCAGCAAAGUAGAACUCAGCUUGGCAAACACAAUAUUUAUUCAUAAUAAUAUCUCGUUGUUACCAGAAUUUAAAUUAAUAAGCACAAAUUCUUUUAAAGCCACUGUGCCAAAAGUCGAUUUUGAAGACAGUGCUGGUGCAACUCAGCAAAUAAAUGCAUGGGUAGAGGAGAAUACAAAGAAUAAAAUUAAAGACUGUAUAUCUGCAGGCUCAAUCAAGGAUGACACUAAAGUGAUUUUGGUAAAUGCAAUUUACUUUAAGGGCAACUGGGCCGAUAAAUUCAAUCCAGAUUUUACAACAGACAGACCAUUUUACGUUACACAGAACCAAAAGAAGUUGGUUCCUACAAUGUUCAAGAAAACAAAAUAUCCUCGUGGAAAGAUUGAAAGCCUUAAUGUGGAAGUUGUGGAAAUUCCAUAUGUGAACACUGAUCUGGAUCUAUUGAUAAUAUUACCAAACGAGCGAGAGGGUCUAGAAUAUCUUGAAAAUAAUUUCGAUUGGGACACCAUCGCAACUGCACGAAGAUUUCCUAACGAUGUCGAAAUCUACUUGCCAAAAUUCAAGCUCGAAGUGACCUCUGAUCUGGAGCAAACUCUUCGCAAGAUUGGUUUACACUUGAUAUUCGAAGACCUUGCUGAUUUCAGUAGCAUGACAGCAAUGCCUCUAAAAGUUAGUAGCGUCAUUCAAAAAGUCUUUGUGGAGAUCAAUGAGGAAGGUUCUGAAGCUGCUGCAACAACAGUCGUUCAAAUGCGAUUGCGAAGAAUGAUUAAUGAAUCAUCAGAAUUCCUGGUGGACCAUCCCUUCAUGUUUGUUAUCCGUCACAAACCCACUAAUAUUCCACUAUUUAUUGGCCGCGUAAAGGAUUUUGACGUGCCAAUCUCAAGAGAUGAAUUAUAAACAAGGCACCAAAUAACAAAAAGAGAAAAGAACAAUGAAUAAUAAAAGAAAUAGUUUAUUAAAUAUGACAAUGCUUACAACUGAACGCUGAAACGUAGGUAUUUUAACAUGAAAAUGAAUAUAGAAAUAAAUUUUUCCUAACAGCGUGCGCAAAAUUCGAUUUGCAAAGUGCCUCAUUCCCGCACUGUCAAACGCGUGUGCAAAAUCGAAUUUUACGCCGCUUGUUAAGAAAAUAACAUUAUAAUACACGUGCGCAUAGGUGUUUCCCGCACUCGUUUGUUGUCACCCUCGCUACGCUCGGGCGACAAACCCGACUCUUGCGGGAAUCACCUACUUUGCGCACUUGUAUCGUAAUGUACUAUUUCUUAUCUCGCAAUCCGAGUAACACAGCUUAUUUUUAUAAUGUUUGGUAUAAAAACUAUUUUGGAAUACACAUUCAUAUCUUUAAUAGCCUUUAUAUUUCAGACAGGAACCCUCAGGUUUUGCCUGCUUUUGUUACUUUCUUUGGCUGUGCAGUUGACUGUUUCUUUUUUCGUUUUGACGCAGCCUCUUCUAACGGAUAAAUAUCCUUUAGCUCGUCAAUCAUUUGCUUAACAUUUUUUUUGUACCACUCAUCGUCUGGCACAACUGGGAACAAUGAAAUGCACAAUAAAAUAUAUAUAUGUAUAUUAUACUUAUGUGAUCGCACUUUAAUAAAAUAUAUUUACUCACGA